GUCCUUCACUUUUUAUUUUAUCAAUAAUUUCGUCUCCCGUAUUUGAAACUUAAUUUACCGUUAAGUGUUUUAACUUCGAUGCAGAGCAAUUCUUGAAUGGACACGGCGAAGCUAUCGACGAUCUUGCUAAAAUGCAUUACAUCAAACUCACUCCUCCGAGGAAAACUCUGCCACCAAAAAAUAAUCACACUAGGCUUACAAAACAACGUUGCCCUCUGCAAAAACCUUAUAAAAUUUUACUUCUCAUUUCAAACGUAUGACUAUGCCAAACUUGUCUUCAAAACCAUUGACAACCCAUUAGAUAUCUCCUUAUGGAACGGCCUCAUGGCUGCUUACACUAAAAAUUACAUGUACAUUGAAGCCCUUGAGCUUUUUCAAAGUUUAUUACAGUUCCCUCACUUGAAACCUGACUCUUUUACCUACCCAUCACUGUUAAAAGCUUGUGCUGGUUUGGGUAAGGUUAGCUAUGGGAGAAUGGUGCAUGCCCAUGUCGUUAAGUCUGGGUUUGUGUCAGAUACUGUUGUUGUAAGCUCGCUGGUGAGAUUAUAUGGUAAGUGUGAUUUGUUUGUUUGUGCAGUUAAACUGUUCGAUGAAAUGCCUGAGAGAGAUGUUGUGAGUUGGAAUACUGUUAUUUCUUGCUGUUAUCAAGAUGGGAGAGCUGGGGAAGCGUUGGAGUUGUUUGGGAGGAUGAGGGAGUUCGGGUUUGAGCCGAAUUCGGUAACGGUGACCGUGGCGAUUUCGUGUUGUGCUAGGGUUUUGGACUUGGAGAGAGGUAGAGAGAUUCAUAGAGAUGUUGUGGAUAAUGGGUUGGUGUUUGAUGGCUUUGUGAGCUCGGCACUUGUGGACAUGUAUGGGAAAUGUGGUUGCUUGGAUGUAGCUAAGGAUAUUUUCGAGCGGAUGACGAAAAAGACGCCGGUUGCUUGGAAUUCCUUGAUUGCGGGUUAUAGUUUAGUUGGUGAUAGUAAAGAGUGUAUUCAACUUCUUAAAAGAAUGAUCAUGGAAGGUACUCAACCAACUCUAACUACUUUGACUAGCAUAUUAUUAGUUUGUUCGAGAGUUUCCCAUUUUCGACAUGGACGAUCCAUUCAUGGAUAUUUAAUUAGACAUAAAGUUGAUUUUGAUAUAUUUGUUGGUAGUGGACUAAUUGAUCUAUACUUCAAAUGUGGAAGAAUCCCGUCGGCUGAAAAUAUCUUUAACAUGCUGCUGCCAGAUGCAAAUGCGGUUUCUUGGAAUAUUAUGAUUUCUGGAUAUGUGUCUGUGGGAGAUUAUUUCAAGACAAUCGGCUUGUUUGAUGAGAUGAAAGGUGCAAAAAUAAAACCAGAUGCUGUAACAUUCUCUACUGUCUUAUCGGCUUGUUCACAACUAGCGGCCCUAGUAAAGGGUAAAGAAAUCCACAAUUGUGUCGAAGAACAGGGAUUGGAAACGAAUGAGAUAGUCAUGGGGGCUCUCCUUGACAUGUAUGCAAAAUGUGGUGCUGUUGAUGAAGCUCUAAAUGUUUUCAAUAAGUUGCCAGAGAAGGAUCUUAUAUCAUGGACUUCAAUGAUUACCGCAUAUGGGUCGCACGGCCAAGCUUUUGAAGCUUUGAAACUUUUUGAAGAUAUGCAGCAAUCUGAUGUAAAACCAGACGCAGUUACUUUUAUAGCGGUAUUAUCAGCUUGUGGGCAUGCGGGAUUAGUUGAUGAGGGCUACGGUUAUUUCAAUCAGAUGACCACCGACUAUGGAAUUAAACCCGGAAUUGAACAUUGCUCAUGCUUGAUUGAUCUACUCGGGCGUGCUGGUAGACUGCAUGAAGCUUAUAACAUUCUUCAGAACAGUCCUGAAAUAAUAGAUGAUGUUGGAUUGUUAAGCACACUACUUUCGGCAUGUCUUUUGCACAAAGAUGUAGAACUAGGAGAGGAAAUAGCAGAGCUGCUUAUUAGAAAAGAUCCCGAUGAUUCAGCAACUUAUAUUACUUUAUCAAAUCUGUAUGCCUCUGUCAAGAACUGGGAAAAGAUGGGCAUGUUGAGAUUAAAAAUGAAAGAGCUUGGACUUAAGAAGAAUCCUGGCUGUAGCUGGAUAGAGAUUGACAAGAGAAUUCAACCUUUUUUCGUCAAAGACUGGUCGCACCCUGAACCAGACAUGGUGCAUGACUGUCUUGUGAUUCUUUAUAAUCACAUGGAAAAAGAUGAGUUACCGCUUCCUUGAAAUUCAUGGAAAGUCAUAUCAGUAUCUUAUAAAGAUGGAGUUUUGGAAUUUUUUAAGGAUUUCCAGGAAAAGAAACGAAAAGCCGAACCGCGGGACUACAGAAUUUUCCAUUCAAAUCAAUUCAUGACUCACAAGAUCACUUGCCAAAACCAUAGCAGAAAAGUGCGGAAUUUUCAUGGCUCGUUAGCCGGCUUUCCCCCUCGAAGAGCAUGCAACGAGGAGGUUCACCAAUGGAAGUAUGCGCAGUUCGAACUCACAUUCCGACACAUUCCUGAUUGCAGUGGAAGGGAAUGUAGUACAUAUAAACACAUGAACUUGAAGAAUAUUGUACAUGAAAAGGUUGUAAUACUUUCUCUCCAAGAUCAUCAUCUCUGGAUUUGCAGUGAAGAUUCAGAUCCAAAUCUCCGUCUAAGCCGUUAAUUACAGUUACUCGAGCUAUGUUUGAAUGACCGGCAUUGCAUGAUGCAGAAAAUAACAACAUGAGUGUCAACAGAAAAUAUGUUUUAUUGAAAGAACUCGUCAUGAUUUAGUUUGUGUGAAGUAUGAUUAAUUUUAUGAGAUGGGUUUGUAAGACUUUGCAUUAUUGAGCUUUUUAUUGGUCCGGAAUCGGUAACUUUAUUUUAUUUUCUUAACAUAUAUGCAUAAUUUAAUUUGA